AGAUCAAACAUCAUAUGCACAUCCAUGUUAACACUUGAUGUCUGAACCUUUAACCUCACCUCUCACUUCCUUCUUAUUUCCACAUUUCUUCAUUCACCCUUCUAUGCUCCAAACUUUUCUUCUUUGCUCAACUCAAAUUUUUUCAACACAGCAUUUCACCUUACUUAUUGUCCUUUUGACCUCUCCAAUGAUCCAUGCACAACCACCACUUCAAACUCCAUUCAUAGAGGUUCUUCUCUGUUAUAAGCCUUCUUAGAAUCAUGGAUCAAAAAACGUGGCUUUGGAGGAAAAAAUCAUCAGAAAAGACAAUUGUAGCAACUGACAAUAUCAAUCUCCCUUCAAAAGAAAAUGAAGAGGUACAGGCACUUGCAGCUGAUAAAGAAGAAUUGGAGAAAGACUUGAGAAGAUUAAAUGAUAAGCUUACUUUGUCAGUUUCUGACUGUACAGCUAAAGAUGAGCUAGUAAAGAAACAGACAAAGGUUGCGCAAGAAGCAGUGACAGGCUUGAAAAGGGCAGAAGCUGAAGUGUUGUCUAUGAAACAAGAUCUGGAUGAAGCUUUACAGCAGCGAAAAGUUUAUGAAGAAAGAGUGGCCCAUUUGGAUGGAGCUCUCAAGGAAUGUAUGCAGCAGUUACGAUUUGUUCGAGAAGAACAAGGGCAAAGGAUUCAUGAUGCUGUGAUGAAGGCUUCAAAAGAAUUUGAAAAAGAGCGUAUAGUUUUGGAGGAGCAGUUAUCUGAGAUGAGUAAAAGGCUUAUCAAAGCUGAGAGUGAAAAUUCUCAUCUUAAUAAAUCAAUUCUCGCAAGAGAAAAUUUGAUUGAAGAUCUGAAAAUAAAAUUGAGUCAAGCUGAGGCAGAUCAUAGUGCACUGGUGAUUAGAUUAGAGUCCACUGAGAAAGAUAAUGCCUCUCUGAAGUAUGAGGUUCGUGUGCUUGAAAAGGAACUUGAUAUCCGAAAUGAGGAGAGGGAAUUUAAUCGUCGGACAGCUGAUGCUUCUCACAAGCAGCACUUAGAGAGCAUUAAAAAAAUUUCCAAGUUAGAAUCAGAAUGUCAGAGGCUGCGCCUUCUGGUUCGGAAAAGGUUACCAGGUCCAGCUGCCCUGGCAAAAAUGAAAAAUGAAGUCGAAAUGUUAGGACGGGAUUCAUUUGAAAUGAGGAGGAACAAAUUGAACUCAACCAGUUUACUGAUUGAGUCUUCAGUUGACAGUUCUCCUGAGACUCCCAGUAGAAGAAUCAAUACUUUGACGGAGCAACUAUGUGCUGUGGAAGAAGAAAACAAGACUUUAAAAGAAUCCCUAAAUAGGAAAAUGAAUGAGCUCCAAUUCUCAAGAGUAAUGCUUUCUCGCACAGCUUCCAAACUUUUGCAACUUGAGUCACAGAUUGAAGCAUCAUCUAAGGGUCAGGUAACUGUGGAGCAGCCUAGAAGUAACCUCACAUCAUGUGAGUUUCCUUUGGCAUCGAUGUCGGAUGUUGGCAGUGAUGACAAGGCUAGCUGUACUGAAUCCUGGGCUUCUGCAUUGAUUUCAGAAUUGGAGCACUUCAGAAGCGGAAAACAGAAGGAAUCAUUGUCAUGUCAAAGCAUUGGAGCUUCAGACAUAAAUCUUAUGGAUGACUUUGUUGAAAUGGAAAAGUUAGCAGUGGUCUCUGUUGAAAAAGCCCCUGAAAUAUCUCGUGCUUCUUUAAAAGCGGUUCAUGAGAUUAAUGGCUUCUCAGAGACUGGGACAAAUGAGGCUACCCCUGAAACAGUAGGUAAGGAGAUUGUUCCAGUGUCUGAUUACCUUGCGACUGGGACAAAUGAGACUAGCCCUCACGUAGUAGGUAAGGAGAUCAUUCCAGUGUCUGAUCACAUUUCAGACCUCUCAAAGGAGAAUGAGAAAACCUGUUCCAUUGACAUAUUUAAGGACAAUAUUCCCAGUUGGCUUCAGGAUGUAGUAAAAUUGGUCUUGGAACAAAAUUGUGUCACUCACAAAAACCCUGAUGAUGCACUUGAGGAUAUUAAAGUAGCUUUGAGGCAUGUGAAUAAUCCUGAUCUGUGCGACUUUGAUCCUAAAAAAGGCUCUGGUCUUAUUGAUGCAUCUCAUCCUCCCCAGUGUCUUCACUCCAUCUCAUGGAAUGCUUCAGAUAAUUCUUUGAUGGUAGAUCCAUCUGGUGAUGUUAAUAAUGCUGAUGUCUCGCCAAUAAAGAGAACCAAACCACAAUCUCAGAUAGAUCUAAGUAAAUCAAUUGGCAAGAUAAUUGAGAUUAUUGAAAGAAUCAGCCUGCCAACUGUGGAAUGUGAUAGUUCAGAUCCAUUGUGCAAAAGAGAUGAGGAUAUCCUUUCAUACAAGAAUCUAGGAGUGCCAACAGGCUACAUGGUCCGGGUUUUCCAGUGGAAAACAUCUGAACUCAGUAAUGUUUUACAGCAAUUUCUACAUGUGUGUUAUGACUUACUGAAUGGCAAGGCUGAUUAUGAAAAUUUUGCCAAAGAACUGACAGUAGCUUUAGAUUGGAUUAUGAAUCACUGCUUUUCACUUCAGGAUGUUUCUAGUAUGAAGGAUGCCAUCAAGAAACAAUUUGAUUGGGAUGAGACCCGGAGUGAGAAUGAGAUGAUAAUUCAUUUUGCAGAGGAAGAUAAAUUGCAUCCUCCCAAAGAACAGUUGCCGUCUUUGCCUCAAGUAACUACUUUGGAUGGUCAUGAUCUUCAGACUGGGGAAAUAUAUCCUGAUGAGAAAGAAGAAAUUAAAAAUAUUAUAGAUAAAUUGAUCAGUGCUGAAUCUCAAAAGGAAGUUGUGGAAGAGAGGCUUCAAUCAGCUACUGAUAGGAUUCAGUCCUUAAUGAAUCGUGUUCAGGAAUCAGAGAAAACCAUUGAUAGCUUGAGAUUAGAGAUACAAUCGUUAAAGGAAUCCAAUGGAAAACUUGAGAAUCAAAUAACAAAUCAGAAACUAAUGAAUUCAAAUCUUGACGUGCAGCAUACAGAAACAGAAUUAAAAGAGGCUCACCACAAGGUUUUGGCUUUAGAAGCGGAACUGGAGAAUAAGAACUGCUGUUGUGAAGAAUUAGAGGCCAAAUGUCUUGAGUUGCAGCUCCAGGUUGAAAGAUUGUCAAAGGAGUGCUCAAACCAUGAUAUGAACCAGAAAGAUAAGCCACUGCGUACUGACUGGGAGAUAACAGUUGCUUCAGAAAAGUUGGCGGAGUGUCAAGAAACCAUCCUCAACCUUGGGAAGCAGUUGAGAGCAAUGGCUGCACCAAAGGAUGCAUCCCUUUUUGACAAUGUCAUUGCCGCCCAACGUAAUACACUUACCAACGUUGCCACUGCCACUGACACCACUACUCCCACUUUGACUGUGGAUCCAAGUCCUACCAAACCAAAUAUUGUGAGAACGAAGAAUCGAUCUCUACUCGAUCAGAUGCUGGCCGAAGAUGAUACUAAAGCCAAGGUUCCCAAAGCAAGUGAUGACAACUGCAAUCCCACCAUAAUUCCAGGCAUUAUAGAACCCCUGGAAAAAAUUCUACUUCUGAACGGAGUUAAAAACCAGGAUGAUAGUACUACUGAUAACUCUUUGGCCAUUGUACCUUCUAAGAAAUCGGGAAGUGGAAGCUUGUGGAAGAAGUUAUUAUGGAAAAAGAAGAAAAGUGCCAACAUGAAAACGCCCCUCUAUUUGAACACUUGAAAUGCUCAUAUACCUAGUAGAUUGUAGUCUUGUUCAGUACAGUACUUGCCCAAAAGAAGGAAAUUAUAUUUCUUUUCUAUGUUUUUGUUGAAGGGAGUUGAUUGGUUGUAGUGUGUUUAGCUCAUCAAUAUACGCCUGAAAACUAACAACAGAAAGUUCAUCUUAUGAAAGAAAGGCACCCACCCUUGUUUUUAGGGACAUGCAAGUUACUAUGGUGUUCAAACAGUGAGAUCUCAGAAAUCCCUUUAAAUGAUCAUUACAAGUUUUGUGACCUCAUACUCAAUCGUGUAAUUGUUGUAAAAAGCAUUAUUAGUGACAUCUUGCAUAAUGCUAUUCUGAAUAGCUCAAAAAUCAUGGAUGAUUUACAAUGUGAUCUAAGCUUUGGGGCUUUCACGAUUCUGUGUAAUGGCCAAUGCUCGACCCCAACAUAAACCAAAAUGUUACUUUUGGGGGG